GGCAUUUGCAGCCGUUGAGCGUUGGAACUGUUGGUACUUGGCGGCAACCUGCAGAGUACCUCCUGCGGUGGAUAUGGCAUGCCGACCUUGUACUUGCAUGGGAAGCCUCAUCGUCUGCCCAAAUGCCCCGGUCCCGAUUCCAACGAAGCUUUCUCCGCUUACCAUGCGCAAUCCAUCGACAAUUAAUGCUCCCCUGGCCUAGAGCUGGCUGCAGCAGAAACUAAGCAUGCUUCUUCGUCGUCUUCUUCUUCUUCUUAAAUGCUUCUCUCCCACCCUCCUCCCAUUCGUUUCUGCUUCCUCUCUCUCUGCUUGAGCCAGCCUCACUCCUCUCACUCCUCCUCCUCCUCCUCCUCCUCUUCUUCUUCGUACAUCCUCACAUCACCAUGAAGUUCUCGACGCUCGCCUCGGGCCUCGUCUCGGCCGCCAGCCUUGCCUCCGCGCAGCUGCAGCUCGCUGCCAACGGCACCAUCUCCAAGGGGCCCUUCCCCGCGGACCUCAACGGCUCCAACUUCACGUACCCCUGGCCGGUCAACGUCUUCAAGUUUGAGAGCCAGCAGCAAGAGCUCGAGAUGGCCUUCAUGGACGUCAAGCCCACCUGCGCGCCCAACGGCCAGACGGCCGUCGUGCUGCACGGCAAGAACUUCUGCGGCCCGACGUGGAACAGCACCAUCAUCGCCCUCGCCGGCGCGGGCUACCGCGUCAUUGCGCCCGACCAGGUCGGCUUCUGCAAGAGCUCCAAGCCCGACAACUACCAGUUCAGCCUCAACCAGCUGGCCUUCAACACGCGCGGCCUGCUCAACACGCUGGGCAUCGGCAACAUCACCCUGGUCGGCCACUCGCUCGGCGGCAUGCUCAGCACGCGCUUUGCGCUGCAGUACCCCGAGACCAUCGACCGCCUGGUGCUGGUCGACCCCGUCGGCCUGGAGGACUACGUCGAGAAGGGCGUGCCCUACGUCUCCGUCGACUACAACAUCGCCGCCGAGGCCGCCCAGACCUUCGACGCCAUCAAGGCCUACGAGCAGGCCGUCUACUACGUCGGCCAGUGGGAGGACUCGUACACCAUCUGGGUCACCAUGCUGACAAACAUCUACUAUGGCUCCCGCCGCCAGCAGUUCAUCAAGAACCAGGGCCGGAUUGUCGACCUGGUGCUGACCUCGCCCGUGGCUCACUACUUUGGCGACGUUGUGUCCAAGACGCUGCUCAUCGUCGGCGACCAGGACCAUGUGGCCAUUGGCUCCAACUGGGCCUCGCCCGAGGUCGCCGCCACGCUGGGACACUUCAACGUCCUGGGACCCCAGGUCUGCGGUGAGAUUCCCGACUGCACGCUGUACCAGUUCCCUACGCUGGGCCAUGCUCCUCUGAUUUCGGCCCCGGCCAACUUUACAAAGGUUGUGCUUGACUGGCUGCAGGAGUAAGGAAAAGGGUGAGCGUGAGCGUGAGUUGAGUAGGGGAAAGUAUGUAGAAAAGGGAAGGCGUUAAUUCCAUGUCCAUUCCAAUGCAAUCUGUAUAUAUAGUAGUAUAUCAAUGAGUCUGAUGACGAUUUGUUGGGCUUUUUAUUUUUAUUUAUUUUUUUCCUUUCUGCUUUCCUUUUAUAAUAUUUAUCCCUCUUGGCAUAAUUGAUCAUGAGAAAAGAAGGCCCCGACGGCGAUAUGAAUGCAUACUUAUUAUCUUAUCACUAUCUACGUCUCUUUUCAAUAUAUAGGUAUGUGCAUAGAAGUAUAUAUGUGUGUGUAAACGUUUGCAUGUGGAAUACGCUUCUAGGUAUAUGCACAUGUAUACAUAUAAGACAAGCACUUUUUUUCCCUAAUUGGCC